GUUAGUUGUUAGCUGCUAGCUGUUAGUUGUUAGCUGCUAACUGCUAACUGUUAGUUGUUAGCUGUUAGCCGUUAGCUGCUAGCUGUUAGUUGUUAGCUGCUAACUGUUAGCUGGUAGCUCCUAGCUGGUAGCUGCUAGCUGGUUGCCGUUAGCUGUUAGCUGCUAGCUGUUAGCUGCUAGCUGGUGUCAUGGCGACGGGAGGCGGAGCGGCUGCUUCUCACGUUGGAGAUGUUGAAGAAGACGCUUCACAGCUGCAGUUUCCUAAAGAGUUUGAGAACUCGGAGACUCUGCUGAACUCGGAGGUCCACAUGCUGCUGGAGCACCGCAAGCAGCAGAACGAGAGCGCCGAGGACGAGCAGGAGCUCUCUGAGGUCUUCAUGAAGACGCUGAACUACACGGCCCGCUUCAGCCGCUUCAAGAACCGGGAGACCAUCACGGCCGUACGCAGUCUCCUGCUGCAGAAGAAGCUCCACAAGUUUGAGUUGGCCAGUUUAGCCAAUCUGUGUCCUGAAGCUGCCGAAGAGGCCAAAGCCCUGAUCCCCAGUCUGGAGGGUCGGUUUGAGGACGAGGAGCUGCAGCAGAUCCUGGACGACAUCCAGACCAAGAGGAGCUUCCAGUACUGAGACCAGUACUGAGACCAGGUCCAGCCCCCCUCCCCCCUUUUGAUAUUAUUACUUUGUAGGACUGAACUGAUUGAUCGUGGUCAUGUGAUCCGAUGACAUCACUUUGACGUCUUUCUGCGUCUCAAUAAACUUUACU